ACUCAUCUUUUAGCUUUGGUACCCAUCUUUUGGUUGAGAGUAUCUGCUUUUCUCCCAUCAAAAUAAAGUUUAUAAAUUAGAGGCUUAAAGAGACAUCACAGUUUUCUUGCAAAUCUGAAUUUAAGAUUUUUUGUAUGACUUAAGAAAUCAAGUUUUGUUGUUUGCUUCAUUUGCAAAUCUGUUAUAACGAGGAUUUAGCCAAACUUAACCACUUAUUUAGUGAAGUUUUUACACUUUGGAUUUCAGUGUCUUUACUGUAUUAUUCCUACUCAUCUAAUAAUAUCUGAGUCUUUCCACAUCAGAGGAAAAGAGAAAGAAGUUCUGAUGUACACGACAGACUUUCCGGUAACACAACAGGUGAGUGACUUACCGGUAGAGGUUCCCUCAUUCCUCUCCACACGCAUUAUGAUAUUUGUUUGCGUGUGUGCGCGCGCGCAGUGGUAUCUGGCAUGUUUCCUGGUUGUGAACAAAAAUCGAAAGUCAGAGAGAAACUGGUUCACAUGCUGACUGAGCCUGAAGAGGAAGCAACGCGGAGACAGGAUGAGUCAGUGGAAGCAGAUUCAGCAGCUGGAGAUCAGACUCCUGGAACAUGUGGACUAUCUGUACGACGAUAACUUCCCCAUGGACAUCAGGCAGGGCUUAGCUGACUGGAUCGAGUCUCAGGACUGGGACACAGCAGCUAAUGAUGAGUCGAUGGCGACCGUGCUUUUCUCUAACCUGCUAUCUCAGCUGGAGCAGGUGCGCUUACAGGAACAGAACUUCCUGCAGAGACACAACAUGAAAAUCAUCCAGCAGCAGCUACAGAUGAAAUACAAUUCCACCCCUGCCGUCAUGGCCAGAGUUAUCUCCUCCUGUCUCAGGGAAGAGCGGCGGAUCCUCUCCAGCGCCUGCAUGCAGGAACAGGGUCCUCUGGAGAAAUCACUGCAGAGCUCUGUGGCAUUUGAGAGACAGAAGAACAUGGACAACAGAGUGGGGAUUAUCAGGGGCAGUGUGCAGCUGAUGGACCAGGCUGUGAAAUACAUCGAGGACAUGCAGGACGACUUUGAUUUCCGUUACAAGACUUUGCAGUCUCGAGACUCAACAGAUAGGAACUCAGAGAUGAUGAAACAAGAAGUAACAAGACUGCAGGAAAUGCUGAACAGGCUGGACUUUAAGAGGAAGGAGAUCCUGGCAAAGAUGGAUGUAGUGGUAAAGGAGAUCGAUGACCUCAUGACCUCUCAGCUCAACCCGGAGCUGCAGGACUGGAAGCGCCGGCAGCAGGUCAACGCCAUUGGUGGUCCGCUGCUCACCGGCCUGGACCAGCUGCAGAGCUGGUUCACGCUGAUGGCUCAGAGUCUCUUCCAGAUCAAGAGGCAGCUGGACAAAUUGGGAGAGCUGGUUGUAAAAGUCACCUAUGAGGGGGACCCCAUUCCCCUGCAGAAACCUCAGAUGGAGGAGAGAGUCAAAUAUCUCAUCUACCACCUCAUCAAGAGCUCGUUUGUGGUGGAGAAGCAGCCGUGCAUGCCCACACACCCACAGAAGCCCCUCAUCAUAAAGACCGGAGUACAGUUCACCACCAAAGUCAGACUCCUAGUCAAACUACCAGAGGUGGACUAUCAGCUCAAAGUGAAAACAACAUUUGACAAGGACCUCCCCUCCGGAAGAGUAAGUCGUCAGUUCUUCAUCCUGACAAACAACACUAAAGUUAUGGACAUCGAGGAUUAUUCAAACGGCUGCCUCUCUGUGGAGUUCAGACACCUGCAGCUGAAAGAGAAGAAAUACAUCAAUGGCACAAAGGGGAACGAGGGUCUUCUCUCUGUGACAGAGGAACUUCACUCUCUCAGUUUUGAGGCGUGCUUCACUGUGCAGGGUCUCACCAUUGAUCUGGAGACGUGCUCUCUACCUCUGGUGGUCAUAUCCAACGUGAGCCAGCUGCCAGGAGGCUGGGCCUCGGUCAUUUGGUACAACCUUCUGACGGACGAGCCCAGGAACCUGGCGUUUUUUGGAAACCCACCUCGGGCCACCUGGAGUCAGCUCUCUGAGGUGCUCAGCUGGCAGUUCUCCACUUUCGCUGGUCAGGGCCUCAACAAGGAGCAGCUCAGCAUGCUGGGAGAGAAGCUGCUCGGUCAGCAUGCCUCCUGCAGUGAUUAUCAAGUGUCCUGGUCUAAGUUCUGUAAGGAGAAUAUUGCAGGAAAGCCCUUCAGUUUCUGGAUGUGGCUGGACUCAAUCCUGGAGCUCAUCAAGAAGCACCUGCUGCCAGUCUGGAAUGAGAACUACAUCAUGGGCUUUGUGAGCAAAGAGAUGGAGCGCACCCUGCUGAAGGACAAAGAGCAAGGCACCUUCCUCCUGCGUUUCAGUGAGAGCCACCUCGGAGGAAUCACCUUCACCUGGGUGCAGCACAAUGAAAAUGGAGAUAUGCGGUUAAACUCUGUGGAGCCGUACACUAAAAACCGCCUCAGCGCUCUCCCUUUCGCCGACAUCAUUCGAGACUACAAAGUGAUCUCAGACGGGGUCGUACCGGAGAACCCGCUCAAGUUCCUCUAUCCCAACAUCCCCAAAGACGAGGCCUUCGGACGGCUGUACAAUAGUCAGCCGAGCAAAGUCCAUCCAUACAUACCAUCCACCCUGAUCCCCAUCUCAGAACUGCGCUCUAAUGUAAGCACCUCAUCGCCGUCCUGUCAGUCUCCUGAACCCCCGAUGACUCCUGGAGAGUUCGACAUGCUGAACGAGCACCUCUGCUUCGGCAUGGACACCAUGAGUUCACCAUAUUCAGAAUAACACCGGACGACACGUACAUCGCUUUUUCAAAGGUCAAGAGUUUUCAUAUAGGCUCGACUCGGAUUAGAGUUAUAAUCUUUAUCAUUAUAAAUAUUAGUAAAAGAAAAAAAUCUGUUAAUUUUCGUUCUAACUCUGUGACCUCUUAUUUUUUAAGGAAGUUAUAUUUAAAUGUUUGCUAUUUUUAUACUUUCUGUUUUUCCUUCAUGUUUUAUUGAUUGUAUUCAGCUGAACUUAUUAUACACUCAAUUUUAUUUGUUCUCAUUUUCUGUACUUUUUUAAAAAUGUUGUGUUCCCUCAAAGCACUCUCUUUUUUAAGUGUUAUAUGAAUAAAGUGUCUUAUUAAUAUACUUUUAUUUUUUAUUUUUUAUUUUAUCAUAAUUACAUUUAACACUCACCUGUAUCAACUUUCCUUCAACCCCGAAAGGUGAGCUCUUCUGCCACCUAGAGGCGACAAUGAGUCACAGCUAUAUUCAUAAAAGUUUUCAGAGCUUUAAUUUUGAAAGCAACCAGAAGUAGAGCACUUCAUCUUACUAUUUCAAGCUUGAUCAAAUGUUAGAGUUUAUCGGGAACCGUGUCAUUCUCCGAGAGUGUUAUUAUGGUUAUUAUCUGUAUACGUCAUACAGCUUGCUCGGCCUGUUUUUUAUGAUGCUGCAAUAAUAGAAGAGUUUGGACUGUAUUAACUUGGAUCAAAGUACUGAAUAAAAAAGAUAAAAUGA